AUGGCAGAUCAACAGAGCAGCCAAGGAGGGCCUGAAGACACUCUGAAGAUGACCAUGGACGCGUACGUGGCGCCUGUGCUGUUUUCCAUCCCGCUCAUCGUGGGGGCCGCCGGCAACGCACUGGUCAUUUAUGUGGUGGCUCGCUUCAGCGAGAUGCGGACAGUCACUAACUACUACAUCGUCAACCUGGCCAUCACUGACCUGUCGUUCCUGCUGUGCUGCGUGCCCUUCUCCGCGGCAAACUACGCCCUGCCUUCCUGGAUCUUCGGCAGGGUGCUCUGCAAGUUGAUCAAUUACCUCAUGCAGGUAACAACACAAGCGACAUGUAUCACGCUGUGCAUCAUGAGUGUUGACCGGUUCUGCGCUAUCGUCUACCCGCUCCGCUCACUACGCUUCCGGCGCAAGAGAGUGGCUGUCAUCGUGAACGCCAUCACAUGGCUGGUGUCCUUCCUGGCCGCCCUGCCUGUCUGCAUCUUUCACGAGCUGACCCGGUUCAACUGGUACGGCUGGCGGACGUACUGCCGCCCGGUGUGGCCCAGCAAGGCGUGGGAGGACGGCUACAUGAUCUUCACCAUCACCUUCACCUACGUGCUGCCCCUCAUCAUCUGCUCGGUCACCUGCUCGCUGGUGGUGAAACGCCUCCACAGCCGCUUCCGUAGGUCCGAGAGCCGGCCUCAGCACCACGAAGUUCAGACCAGACGCAUCACCCGGAUGGUGGUGGGCGUAGUGAUCGUGUUCCUGGUUUGCUGGCUGCCGAAUCACGUCAUCAACAUGUGGCGCUACAUCCACAUCAAGAACAAGUUCCCCCCGGCCCUGUACUACGGCAAGAUCGUGGCACUGUUCCUAAUCUACUGCAACUGCGCCCUGAACCCGUUCAUCUACACGCUCAUCGGCGAGAACUUCCGCAACUGCCUGAAGCAGAUCGUAUCCCGUACCAACAGCAGCAGCAGCAGCCAGAGCACCAAGAUCAGCCACCCUGGCUUCGGCUUCAGAAAGAGCAACGAGAGCGCCAAGGACCUCAAGAACAUCGACGCCUCGCCCAACGAUCGCCUCGCACCCGCUCCCAUUGCCGCGAAGGAAAUGGUCGUGGACGUUGAGCUGAAUCCGUGCGCUGUGAACAAAGAGCGAGUCGACAGCGAGCUUUCCAAAAAAGUAACAGAAGACUGGAUGAAUGGUGAACAUGAAGAAAAAUUGCGUCGGAUAGAUGAAUGA